GUGGUGGGUGAACGUGUGCACCACUAUAAUUGAUAUGACAGUAAUAAUUGAUGUUCUAGUGCAGAAAAACGUUCGCCGAUAAGCUUGCGAUUGUUAUCAUCAGAGUGUUUCAAUCGGCCUACGUUCAUUGAUAUAAAACGUAGUAAAGUGAUUUUCUGCAUUAUUCCAUCAAGUACUUUUUGUACAAUGAGUGAGGAGUCAAUCAAAAAACGACAAAAGACGUGCCUUCAAGUUGCAACCAAUGUCAGUGAACAGAAACAUCACAUAACUCGCGAUAUGAGGGCAAAACAUUUGGGAUUGUGUCGAGGAUUCCGAGGAUGCACCGUUUGGCUCACCGGCCUGAGUGGAGCAGGCAAAACGUCUAUUGCUUUUGAGCUAGAAGCAUACUUGGUAUUACGUGGCAUUCCAGCAUAUGGGCUCGAUGGUGACAAUAUACGCACUGGCUUAAAUAAAAAUCUAGGUUUUACACCAGCAGAUCGUGAAGAAAAUAUCCGCAGAGUAGGGGAGGUAGCGAAACUUUUUGCCGAUAGUGGAGUAGUAACAAUAUGUAGUUUUGUUUCGCCAUUUGCAGAAGACCGUGAAUUAGUAAGAAAAAUUCAUAAAGAUGCUGAUUUAAGAUUUUACGAAGUCUUUGUUGAUACGCCGUUGUCAAUAUGCGAGUCCCGCGACGUUAAAGGGCUAUAUAAAAAAGCGCGCGAAGGUGUUAUAAAGGGAUUCACUGGAAUCACACAGGAGUAUGAAAAACCAGAACAUCCUGAACUUAUUAUCAAUACUGAUGGAUACACUGUAAGUGAAUCUACUCAGGCAUUAAUAAACCUUUUAGAAGCCGAGGGUGUUAUUCCGAAGAGAAAGUCACAUCCAAAUGAAAUUCCAGAACUAUUUGUGGACUCCAAAUUAAAAGCUGCACUUUUGCAUGAGGCCAAAACAUUAAACUCGAUUCCAUUAACCGAAGUAGAUUUACAGUGGGUUCAAGUUUUAUCCGAAGGAUGGGCUUACCCUUUGAGCGGUUUUAUGAGAGAAGAUACUUUCUUGCAAACUAUUCAUUUCAACUCAAUCGUAACCGACGAUGAUGACGAGCGUCAGAAUCAAUCAGUUCCAAUUGUUUUAUCUGUGACAACUGAGUUGAAAAAUAAACUAGAUGGUGUCUCAUCCAUCGCACUUACUUUCCAAGGGAACCCCAUAGCCAUUAUGCGUAAGCCAGAAUUCUACUAUCAACGUAAAGAGGAACGAGUAUCGCGUCAGUUUGGUACGAGCAAUGAAGACCAUCCGUAUAUCAAGCUUAUUGCGAAAGAAGGCGACUACUUGGUUGGCGGGGAAUUGGAAGUUUUAGAGCGAAUUCGUUGGAAUGAUGGCUUAGAUCAAUAUAGAUUAACACCAAAUGAAUUGAGGCAAAAAUUUAAAGCAAUGGGUGCAGAUGCAGUGUUUGCAUUUCAAUUGAGAAAUCCCAUUCACAACGGUCAUGCUCUGCUAAUGCAAGAUACGAAACGGCAACUGGUUGAGAGAGGAUUUAAAAAACCGGUGUUAUUGCUUCAUCCUCUGGGUGGUUGGACAAAAGACGACGAUGUGCCUUUACCAGUGAGAAUAGCGCAGCACCAAGCGGUACUAGAUUCUGGUGUGCUAAAGGCAGAGGACACCGUAUUAGCUAUAUUUCCUUCACCAAUGAUGUAUGCGGGGCCGACCGAAGUACAGUGGCAUGCUAAAGCAAGAAUGAAUGCUGGAGCUAACUUUUACAUCGUUGGUCGUGAUCCAGCGGGUGUACCGCACCCGAAUAAAAUGCGUUAUCCCGAUGGAAACCUAUUCGAUGCAACACAUGGGCAACGUGUUUUGAAAAUGGCACCCGGUUUGAAUACUAUAGAAAUACUUCCUUUUCGUGUUGCUGCAUAUGACAAAAGCAACUCAUGUAUGUCAUUCUUUGAUCCAAGCAGAAAAGAUGAUUUUGAGUUCAUAUCAGGAACCAAAAUGCGCACAUUAGCUAGAACGGGACAGUUACCACCUAAUGGUUUCAUGGUGCCGGAAGCAUGGAAAAUAUUGUCGCACUAUUAUCAAUCAAUAUCAUCGUCCGCAAAUGAUGCUAAAUAAAGGCACCAGCUAAACAGUUUUAAUAUACAUACUUAGAUAGAUAGAUUCGUUUGACGUAUAUGUGCAAUGAAUGUUAAUUGUGUAGUUAAUUAAUGUAUUUGUUUGGGGGGAGGGAAUUUUCUAUUUUCGCUGGUUCGUUAAAAAAAUUAUAAAAUUUACAUAGUUUACAAAUUUCUUACUUACCUUACUACUACUUGCACUAUUGCAUUUAGCUCCAUUAGAAUUAAGUUACAUAAUGUUUGCUUGUAAAGCUAGUUUACCUAAUAAAUUUGCCCGUGCAAUCUGUUCACUUAAGUUUAAGAAUGAAAAGCUACAAAUGUUUUUCCUCUUUAAAUCCCUAGGAUAAUCAUGUUUUCUGGAUUUGUAUUUGUUUAAAGGGAAUUUGUGCUUAUGAAUCUGUUUAACAGAAUUUCUAUGGAUUUAUGUGCAUAUGUAUUUUAAAUAAACCUGUUUUUAAGUGUUCCUUUUACAAGAACUUUUUCCAUCCUCAAUAUAUGUAAUAUAUUGUUCUCUGUAUGUGUAUAUUUUAGAUAGAGUUAUAUGUAAUAAUUCAUGCUAAAUUAUGCAUAUUUUAAU